AGGCAGCGGACUCGAGCUGCGAUCAGGGGCGGCGCGCCCCGCUGGGUUCCCGGACACUUGCCCGGCUCCUGCGCGCUCGGCUGUGCGGCUGACACUCCGAAGCCAGGAGUCCCCACGCCUCUUACGACGCGCGCGGACCAGGUCCCUGAGGGACACGGCACUUGGGGCCCGCCGCACGACUGGCUGGAGAUCUAAGGGAACAGAAAACACUCAAACUGGAUUUUAAGUCAUUGUACAUUAACAAUAAGCCACAAGUCGCAAAAUGUGAUCCUGAACAAAAUGUUUCAAGCGACUGAGGAAAGAAAACUGACCUGCCGUUUUGAAACACUGGUCUAAAACGAACUGUUCUUGUAGGAAAUUACAACUGGAAAGUUUUGUUUGACUCUUAAUAUACCCAAAUGAAAGGUACUGUCAACGUGUUUCUCACCACAACUGGGAUUAUGUGAGGUUCCCUGUUAUCUUGACAUGAUCACCAGGGAAGGGAACACUGGAGAGUAACUGAAGGACACCAGUCAAGAUGACUUCCGAAGAAAUGGCAGCUUCCAUCCUCAUCCCUGUGACCCAGAGGAAAGUGGCUUCUGCCCAGUCAGCAGUGGCAGAGGACAAGAGUGAAAAUGUCUUGGAUGCCCAUAUUCCAAAGACAUGUGCUGGCAGGCACAGCGGCCAGAUCCCUCAUACCAUCUCACAGUGGAACAAACCUGAGGCCGGGCCUUCUAGAAGUGAUUUAUCCCAGUUAUUCCCAAUAGCAAGUGGGGAAGUAAUGAGUGAUGAGAACCACAAUGAAAAAUGCUGGGAGAAAAACCUACCAGAUUCUGUGAAAAACCACGCCAUUAACUGCAACAGCUUACUGCAAAGCCACCAGAGUGACCGUCCUCAGAGUCAGCUUUGUGUAGCCUGUGACUCUGUCUCAGGAGAGGACCUGUGUUUGCAAACUGGAAUUUCUUCUCCACUGGAAAGGAAGGUGUUCCCUGGGAUUCAGCUGGAAAUGGAUGAUUCUCCUAUGAAUGUAAGCCCUUUGGGAAACGAGCCUGGACUCACAGGGACCAGGGGACCUCACCCUGACAGCAACAUGGCAGUAUUUCAUUUCCGUUAUGAAGCUGACAGAACAAUAUCAGAUGCUUUCCACACCCUGUCAGAAAAAUUAAUCUUGGAUGACUGUGCAAAUUGUGUGACUCUUCCCGGGGGGCAGCAGAAGAAAACUUGCAUGGCAUAUACUUGUAAACUAGUGGAACUGACAAAAACCUGUGGCCGUAAGAAUGGGCAGCUGCAGUGUGAGCCUUGCAGCUCACUGGGUGACGAACACCUGUGCUUUGAAAGCUCCUGCCAGCAGGCUGAUGAUGUGCUCUGCUCGAGCCGCAUGUUUUUCAGGGAGGGCUUUGCGCACAAUCCACCUGCCAAGACUUUUCUGAGCCCUUUGGAGGAUUUCUCUGACAAUUGUGAAGACGGAGACGAGUUUUUUAAAAGCAAAAAAGAACGGUCCACCUUGUUAGUCAGAAGGUUUUGUAAAAAUGACAGGGAAGUUAAGAAGUCUGUGUAUACUGGAACUAGAGCAAUCAUGAGAACCCUGCCUUCCGGCCAUAUUGGGCCAGCUGCUUGGAAACACGUUGAGCAGAGAAGAGCAAGGCUCAUAGGACCUUGUGGGGAUGUAAUGGAACCUCUGUCAGCAAUAGAUGUAAGGCCACGUGGUACCCAACAUCUGACUGAAGCCCAGUGGUGUCUGAUCUACAGUGCAGUGAGAAGAGGAGAAGAAACAGAAGAUACGAUUGGAUCUCUUCUCCAUUGCUCCAGACAGCUCCCAACCUCCGAGACAGCCUGCGGAAGGAUUAGAGACGGUCCAUGCUUAAAGCAAUGUGUACGAGACACCGAAUGUGAGUACCGGGCCACCCUCCAAAGGACAUCCAUUGCGCAGUACAUCACUGGCUCUCUCCUGGAGGCAACCACCUCCUUAGGAGCAAGAAGCAGCCUUCUCAGUAACUUCGGAGGAUCCACUGGACGAAUAAUGCUGAAAGAACGCCAACUGGGCACCUCUAUGGCCAAUUCCAAUACUGUUCCUUCAAGUUCAGCUGGGAUCAGCAAGGAGCUGAUUGAUCUCCAGCCCCUCAUUCAGUUCCCAGAGGAAGUGGCCAGCAUCCUGACAGAGCAGGAGCAGAACAUUUACCGGAAGGUCCUGCCCAUGGACUACCUUUGUUUCUUAACCCGGGACUUGAGUUCCCCUGAAUGCCAGAGUUCCCUGCCCCAUCUCAAAGCGUCCAUCUCAGCAUCAAUCCUCACUUCUCAGAAUGGAGAGCACAAUGCCCUUGAAGACCUUGUGAUGAGAUUUAAUGAGGUGAGCUCCUGGGUGACAUGGCUGAUCCUCACAGCAGGCUCCAUGGAGGAAAAGCGAGAAGUCUUCUCAUAUUUGGUUCACGUGGCCAAAUGCUGCUGGAACAUGGGCAACUACAACGCUGUCAUGGAGUUCCUGGCUGGCCUCAGGUCAAGGAAAGUUCUAAAGAUGUGGCAGUUCAUGGAUCAGUCUGACAUUGAGACCAUGCGGAGCCUGAAGGAUGCCAUGGCUCAGCACGAGUCCUCCCUGGAGUACAAGAAGGUGGUGACUCGGGCCCUGCACAUCCCCGGCUGCAAGGUGGUCCCCUUCUGUGGUGUGUUCUUGAAGGAGCUCUGUGAGGUGCUUGAUGGCGCCUCUGGCCUGCUGAAGCUCUGCCCGCGGUACAGCUCCCAAGAAGCUGCUCUGGAAUUUGUGGCUGAUUACAGUGGACAAGAUAACUUCUUACAACGAGUGGGACAGAAUGGCUUGAAGAACACAGAGAAGGAGUCCACAGUCAACAGCAUCUUUCAAAUCAUCCGGAGCUGCAGUCGAAGCUUGGAGAUGGAGGAGGAGGACAGCUCCAGUGAAGGGGCUGGCUCCAGGAAAAACUCCUUGAAGGAUAAAACCCGAUGGCAGUUGAUAAUUGGAGAUUUUCUGGAUUCAGAAAAUGACAUCUUUGAGAAGUCCAAAGAAUGCGACCUUCAUGGAUCAGAGGAGUCCCAGAAGGCCUUUGACCAUGGGACAGAGCUCAUCCCGUGGUACGUGCUGUCCAUCCAAGCUGAUGUGCACCAGUUCCUAUUGCAGGGGGCCACAGCCAUCCACUAUGACCAGGACACACAUCUCUCUGCCCGCUGCUUCCUCCAGUUACAGCCUGACAAUAGCACCUUGACCUGGAUGAAGCCUCCCACCUCCUCCCCAGCUGGUGCCAGACCCAAGUUUGGUGUGCUCAGUAAUAUGUCUGAACCUGGCAAGUUCCCGUCAGUGGGCAGUCCUGGGCUGAGUGGCCUGGCCGAGGGUAUCCUGGACCUGUUUUCGGUGAAGGCUGUGUACAUGGGACACCCGGGCAUUGAUAUACACACUGUGUGUGUUCAGAACAAACUGAGUAGCCUGCUUCUCUCCGAGACUGGGGUAACACUGCUCUAUGGACUGCAGACCACUGACAAUAGACUCUUGCACUUUGUGGCACCAAAGCACACAGCUAAGAUGAUUUUCAGUGGAUUGCUGGAACUCACGACAGCUGUGAGAAAGAUAAGGAAGUUCCCUGACCAAAGACAGCAGUGGCUUCGGAAACAGUAUGUCAGCCUCUACCAGGAGGAUGGUCGGUAUGAAGGCCCAACCUUGGCUCAUGCUGUGGAGUUGUUUGGUGGCAGACGAUGGAGUGCUAGAAACGUCAGCCCUGGGAUGUCAACAAAGAAUGCUGAGAAGUCCAGUAUUCAGAGAAACAACACCCUGGGUAUAAGCACCACCAAGAAAAAGAAGAAAAUGCUCAUGAGGGGAGAGAGUGGAGAGGCAACUGACGAUGAAACAGCGACCCGCAAGGCCAAAAUGUGCCGAGAGUGUCGAAGCCGGAGCGGCUCUGAUCCUCAGGACGCUAAUGAACAAGAGGAGUCGGAAGCCAAUGUCAUCACCAACCCUCCCAACCCCCUCCAUUCCAGAAGAGCUCACUCUUUGACCACGGCAGGGUCCUCCAACUUGACUACUGGGAUGUCAUCUCCCAUCAGGCCAGUCUCCUCCCCUGUGCUGUCUUCUUCAAACAAGAGUCCCUCCAGUGCCUGGAGCAGCAGCAGCUGGCAUGGGCGGAUCAAAGGAGGGAUGAAGGGCUUCCAGAGCUUCAUGGUUUCGGACAGUAACAUGAGCUUCAUUGAGUUUGUCGAGCUGUUCAAGUCGUUCAGCGUAAGGAGCCGCAAGGACCUGAAGGACAUCUUCGAUAUCUACUCUGUGCCCUGCAAUCGGUCUGCCUCUGAGUCAGCCCCCCUGUACACCAACCUGACCAUUGAAGAAAACGCCAGUGACUUUCAGCCAGACCUAGAUUUGCUAACCAGAAACGUCUCAGACUUGGGGCUGUUCAUUAAGAGCAAACAGCAACUUUCUGACAACCAGAGGCAGAUAUCGGAUGCUAUUGCAGCGGCGAGCAUUGUGACUAAUGGCACUGGGAUUGAGAGCACAUCCCUGGGCAUAUUCGGGGUCGGCAUACUCCAGCUCAAUGACUUCCUGGUGAAUUGCCAAGGAGAACACUGCACGUAUGAUGAAAUUCUCAGCAUCAUCCAGAAAUUCGAGCCUAGCGUCAGUAUGUGUCAUCAGGGCCUAAUGUCGUUUGAAGGGUUUGCAAGGUUUCUGAUGGAUAAAGAUAAUUUCGCCUCCAAAAAUGAUGAGUCACAAGAGAACAAGAGAGAACUGCAGCUACCCCUCUCCUACUACUAUAUUGAAUCUUCACACAAUACCUACCUCACAGGCCAUCAGCUCAAGGGAGAAUCCUCCGUGGAGCUGUACAGCCAGGUCCUCUUGCAAGGAUGCAGGAGCAUAGAGCUGGACUGCUGGGAUGGAGAUGAUGGCAUGCCCAUUAUUUACCAUGGACAUACACUGACGACCAAGAUCCCCUUCAAGGAAGUGGUGGAAGCCAUUGAUCGCAGUGCCUUCAUCACCUCUGACUUGCCAAUCAUCAUAUCCAUUGAGAACCACUGUUCAUUGCCUCAACAACGAAAAAUGGCAGAAAUUUUCAAGAGUGUGUUUGGAGAAAAGCUGGUGGCUAAAUUCUUAUUCGAGACAGAUUUCUCAGAUGAUCCAAUGCUUCCCUCACCUGACCAACUCAGGAAGAAAGUGCUUCUUAAAAACAAGAAGCUAAAGGCCCAUCAGACACCAGUCGACAUCCUAAAACAAAAGGCUCAUCAGUUAGCAUCUAUGCAAGCACAGGCUUUCACUGGUGGGAGUGCCAACCCCCCACCUGCCAGUAAUGAGGAAGAGGAAGACGAAGAGGAUGAAUAUGAUUAUGAUUAUGAAUCCCUUUCUGAUGCAGAUGUGCUUACUGCUUCCCCUCUUCCUAACAGUCAGGAAGACAAUAUUCUGGAAGACAAACCUGAAAACAAAUCAUGUGCUGACAAGCUUCAGUUUGAGUACAAUGAAGAAAUCCCCAAGAGGAUAAAGAAAGCAGAUAACUCUUCUUGCAAUAAGGGAAAGGUAUAUGACAUGGAACUGGGGGAGGAGUUUUACCUCCCUCAGAACAAAAAGGAAAGCAGACAGAUUGCACCAGAGCUCUCUGACCUCAUCAUCUACUGCCAGGCAGUAAAAUUUCCAGGCCUGUCGACUCUAAAUUCAUCUGGCUCUAGCAGAGGGAAAGAAAGGAAAAGCAGGAAGUCCAUUUUUGGCAACAAUCCUGGCAGAAUGAGCCCAGGGGAGACAGCAUCCUUCAACAGAACAUCUGGAAAAAGUUCCAACGAAGGAAUUCGGCAAACCUGGGAGGAAUCGUGUUCGCCACUCAGCCCAAGCACAUCCCUCAGCGCUAUCAUUAGAACUCCCAAAUGCUAUCAUAUCUCCUCACUGAAUGAAAACGCCGCCAAACGUCUGUGUCGCAGGUAUUCUCAGAAACUAAUCCAGCACACCGCUUGUCAGCUGCUGAGGACCUACCCGGCAGCGACCCGAAUCGACUCAUCCAAUCCCAACCCCCUCAUGUUCUGGCUCCAUGGGAUACAGCUUGUGGCCCUCAACUACCAGACGGAUGAUCUUCCUUUACAUUUAAAUGCUGCAAUGUUUGAGGCAAAUGGUGGCUGUGGUUAUGUUUUGAAGCCCCCUGUCCUGUGGGAUAAAAGCUGCCCCAUGUACCAGAAGUUUUCUCCACUGGAAAGAGACCUAGACAGCAUGGAUCCUGCUAUCUAUUCUCUAACUAUCAUCUCUGGCCAAAAUGUGUGCCCCAGUAACAGCACCGGAAGUCCAUGCAUCGAGGUUGAUGUCUUGGGCAUGCCCCUGGACAGCUGCCAUUUCCGCACAAAGCCCAUCCAUAGGAACCCCCUGAACCCCAUGUGGAACGAACAGUUUCUCUUCCGGGUUCACUUUGAAGAUCUUGUAUUUCUUCGUUUUGCCGUUGUGGAAAACAACAGUUCGGCAAUAACGGCUCAGAGAAUCAUUCCACUCAAAGCUUUAAAACGAGGUUAUCGACAUCUUCAGCUGCGGAACCUCCACAAUGAAAUAUUGGAAAUCUCUAGCCUAUUCAUAAAUAGCAGAAGGAUGGAAGAAAAUCCCUCUGGCAGUACCAUGCCAGCCUCUUUGAUGUUUAAUACUGAAGAGAGGAAAUGUUCUCAGACUCACAGAGUCACAGUGCAUGGUGUUCCAGGUCCGGAGCCCUUUGCUGUUUUCACCAUAAACGGAGGCACCAAGGCAAAGCAGCUUCUCCAACAGGUUCUGGUGAUUGACCCAGACACCAAACUUAGUGCCACAGACUACUUUCUGAUGGAAGAGAAGUAUUUUAUAUCUAAGGAAAAGAAUGAGUGCAAGAAACAACCAUUCCAGAGAGCUGUGGGUCCAGAAGAAGAUAUUGUGCAGAUUUUAAACAGCUGGUUUCCAGAAGAAGGCUAUGUAGGCAGGAUUGUCUUAAAGCCCCAGCAGGAAACCCUAGAAGAGAAAAGCAUUGUUCAAGAUGACAAAGAGGUGAUCUUGAGCUCGGAGGAGGAGAGUUUCUUUGUCCAAGUUCAUGAUGUCUCUCCAGAGCAACCCCGAACUGUCAUCAAAGCCCCUCGGGUCAGCACUGCACAGGAUGUCAUUCAGCAGACCUUAUGCAAAGCCAAAUAUUCCUACAGUAUCCUGAACAACCCCAACCCAGGUGACUAUGUGCUUUUGGAAGAGGUGAUGAAAGAAGCACCCAGUAAGAAGUCUUCUACUCCAAAGUCCUCACAGAGGAUCCUUUUGGACCAAGAGUGUGUGUUUCAAGCCCAAAGCAAGUGGAAAGGUGCAGGGAAAUUCAUCCUGAAGCUAAAGGAGCAGGUUCAGGCAUCCCGAGAAGAUAAAAGGAAGGGCAUCUCCUUUGCAAGUGAACUCAAGAAACUCACUAAGUCCACCAAGCAGCCCCGAGGACUCGCAUCACCUCCUCAGCUUGUGGCCCCAGAAAGUGUCCAAAUCAAGGAGGAGAAACCUGUAGGUGCCCUGUCCUCCAGUGACACAGUGGCUUACCAGCAGUGACCGAGGGCAGCAUGUUCGACCCAGUUAUAUUAAGGUGAAGAUCCUUGGCAAAAUGCUUUGAAGAAUGAACGUGGUGAAAAGAAAUGUACUCUACUUCCAUCACAUGUAAACUGGAAACCGAUGAUUUCUGAACUCCUGCCCUCUUCACACCUGCUGCGAGGCACAGAGAAGACAAGCAAAAUGGCACAGAGCUGCCAACCAACUUCCUAAGGAAUGAAGCAGGGACACCCAGGGCGAUGCACGGAUGUUACAGGUGGAAAAGCCAUGCCUGAAGCUUAAGGCAACAAGCUGUAUGUGCAAAGGGCCAGGCAGCAGACAUUUUACAGUUGGGCCAUAUAGCUUCUGUUGGCAUCGACUCAGCUCUGCCACUGGAGUGCAAACACAGCUGCCAACAAUAGGUACAAGAACGAACGUGACUGAACAAUAAAAUCUUAUUUAUGGACACAUAAAUUGGAAUUCCAUAUCAUUUUCAUAUAUCAUAAACCUUUCAAGUGUUCCAACCACUUAAAAUUGUAAAAUCUAUUCUUAGUUUAAGGAUCAUACAAAAACACAGGAAUUUGACCCAAAGACCAGCUUGCUGACUCAACUUGGAGAACUGGGAACCAGAGGCACAGAGGUUAGAAAGCCUUGAAACCUGGUCGUAGGCUGAAUGAGAAGUGGAAGUCUAGGGGCAUUGGAAAUGUAAAUAUGUCGUGUAAGGUUUGCUAAUAAUUACUCGAAUUAGUUCCUAUGUGUGUACCAAGGUACACUUACUUUAGGCUGCCUUUUUGCAAAUAGAAAUGUUCUUUUUUUUGAAAGCUAUUAUUCAUAGGCCCACAGAUUGUUCCAAUUUCAGUUCUCACAAGAUGACUUUAGAACGAUGUACAAUUUAGAAUCUACUGAGUUGAGAUGCCUUAAUAAGAAGCUUCAUCAUUUUUUUUAAAAGCAAAAGCAGACUGAGUUGAUGUUUAAGGUAGAUUUAUUUAUUUUGCAAUGUUUGUACUGACACUGUACUUGUAUAUUUAUUAGACAUAGCUUUCUUGAUAUUGCUAUGGGUUACAAGCAUUAGUGGUUCAAUCUAUUUCAAGACAUCCUAAAAAUAAAACAUUUGAACAUGA